AUGGCCAGCGACGCCCCCGACAACAGCCAGCAGCCGCCCGAGGCCCCCAACGGCCCGGUUGACGGCCCUACACAGCUCCCUGCUGGCGCCGAGGCGAAGUUGGCGUCACCCAAGGAUACGUCGCUGCGCGAGUUCCUCAACAAGGUGGACGACUGCGCGCCAAUUAUCCCCGACGCCGUCACGCAAUACUACAUGACCAAGGCCGGCCUUCCACCACCCCCCCAGACGGACCAGCGCCUGGCGCGGCUCCUCGCGCUCGCGACACAGAAAUUCAUCGCCGACAUCGCCGCCGACGCGUAUCAGUACAGCCGCAUCCGGGCGAGCAGCAACACAAACGCCAACAACCCGAUGGGCUCGCUCGGCGCCGCCGCGGGGUUCCCCAUCCCGGGCCAGCAGGCGGGCCAGCCGGGCAACAAGGACCAGGGCAAGGGCGCGCCGCUGGGCAUCCAGCGGCCGGGCUUUGGUGGCGGCGGGCAGGGCGGCAGCCAGAACAGGACGGUGCUGACCAUGGAGGACCUGGGCAUGGCGGUGGGCGAGUACGGCGUGAACGUGAAGCGCAGCGAGUUUUACCGAUAA